AUGGCCAUCAUCAGCCUUCUCAUGUCCCCAUGGGCGCCCGUCGUCCUAUUAGCGGGCGUUGCCUUUUACUAUCUUGUCCCCUACUUCGUUACAUAUAGCGCUCUGCGCAAGAUUCCCUCUCCCUUCCCAGCCCAGUUCACGGAUCUCUGGCUCCUGUCGGUAUGUCGGAGAGGUAACAGAUACCAAAGAGUAGAUGAGCUUCACAAGAAGCUGGGUCCCGUUGUUCGUAUCCAGCCCAACCACGUCAGUAUCUGCGAUGACGCUGCCAUUCCCACUAUUUACGGCCACGGAAACGGCUUCCUCAAGUCCGAGUUCUACGAUGCCUUCGUCAGCAUUCGCCGAGGUCUCUUCAACACACGCGACCGCGCCGAGCACACGCGCAAGCGCAAGAUUGUCUCCCAUACGUUCUCUGCCAAGUCCGUUCAGCAGUUCGAGCCCUACAUGCACUCCAACCUUGAACUCUUUGUCAAGCAGUGGGACAGUAUGAUCAAGAACUCCAAGAACCCCGACAAGGCCGCCCAUCUCGACUGCCUCGAGUGGUUCAACUACCUUGCCUUCGACGUCAUUGGUGAUCUCUCCUUCGGCCAGCCCUUCGGCAUGCUUUCCUCCGGUGCCGACAUGGCUGAGAUCCGCUCGUCCCCUGACGCUGCUCCCAUCUACGCCCCUGCCAUCGAGAUUCUCAACCGCCGCGGUGAGGUGUCCGCGACGCUCGGCAUCCAUCCCGCCCUCAAGCCCUUUGCCAAGUACCUGCCCGACCCUUUCUUCACCAAGGGCCUCGCCGCGGUCGAGAACCUCGCGGGCAUCGCCAUCGCCUGCGUCAAGUCCCGCCUCGACAAUCCUCCCCCGGUCACCCGCAAGGACCUGCUCCAGCGCCUGAUGGAAGGCCGCGACGAAAAGGGCGAGCCUCUCGGGCGCCAAGAACUCACUGCCGAAGCCCUAACCCAACUCAUCGCCGGUUCCGACACCACCUCCAACUCGUCCUGCGCUCUGCUCUUCCACGCCGUCCGCACCCCCGGUGUGAUGCAGAAGCUCCAAGCCGAGCUCGACGCCAACAUUCCCCCCGAAGUCGACGUGCCCACCUAUGACAUGGUCAAGGAGCUGCCCUACCUGGAAGCCGUCAUCAACGAAGUCCUGCGCUUCCACUCCACCUCCGGCAUCGGUCUCCCCCGCCAGAUCCCUCACGACGCCGCCCAGGGCGUGCACAUCCAGGGGUACUACCUCCCUCCGGGAACCGUUCUGUCUGUGCCCACGUAUAGCAUCCACCACAGCAAGGAGAUCUGGGGCCCCGAUGCGGAUGAGUUCAAGCCGGAGAGAUGGGAGAGGUUGACAUCGAGGCAGAAGAACGCGUUCAUUCCCUUUAGCCAUGGACCCCGUUCUUGUGUAGGACGGAAUGUGGCGGAGAUGGAGAUGAAGUUGAUUGUGGCUACAUGGGCGAGGAGGUAUGAGGUUAAGCUGCUGCAGGACUACAUGGACACUAGAGAGGGGUUCUUGAGAAAGCCGCUUGGGUUGAAGGUUGGGUUGAAGUUGAGGAAGUAA